AAUGACUUUCUUCUUUCACUGCGCAGGCGCACGUACGCGAGACGCGAUAUUCUAUAACAUGUUGUUUCUCUAUUUUCUAACGAUUUUUUUGUUGUUUUUUUUUUCUACUUGCAUUGCUUUUGCAUUUUUGCAAUUUUUUUGCAUUUUUUUGCUUGACUCACAACGCAACGUGCUGUCGUUACAAAACUGUAUUUACAAAAGCUCUGUCAUUCAGUCUGUUGAGUGCUUUAUUUACCGCUUCGAGACCAUUCACAUUGCAACUGCAUCCGCUUGCAACAGUCUCAGCUAAAUCGCUGAAAUCGUAAUUAUCAUUAAAGCCACAAAUAAACACGCUAAACGCGCUGCCUCCUAUUUCUUUAUAGCGCACACGCAGCUUGCAGUUACAACUCCUGUAGCAGCGAGCCACUGCCAACUGUCACAUAUUUUGUUUUGCCUCACAACUCUCCUUUGUGCCCCUCCUCUGCGCGUAUUUGUAAUUUCUCAAGCUUCGUAUGUCAGUGUCAGUGUGCUGUCACUUCGUUAUAAAUGGCAGUUUUCUUCGCGUAACUGUUGUUGAUCUCCAUCGCUUUGCUGUGCUCAUCACUUUUAUCUUUCUUCUCAACUAAUUAGUAUGUGCACUCAACACUUGUCUAUAACCAUUUAGUAAAAUACAUACUUAUUUCUAUAGGGCCUUAACUUCGACACUUCUUGUAAACAUUGCCGCCAUAAUUACCGCUUAUUCUACCUACUAUUUACCCACUAUCUUAUCCACCCAUACGUUCUUUAUAUUGUAUUUUGUCAUUUUCUCAAAUUUUCGCAUAGUUAGGUGUGUUAUUGACGCGUGGAGGCACUGAAAAUAAGGCGAAGUGUGUCAUCUGCUCUGCGUUUUGUUUUUGUUUCCGUUUUUUUUUAAUUAGAGCCUCUUUCUUUAGUGUGUUAAUGUCAUCUCCAGCACGAAUAGCAAAACCAAACAGAAAAAAUUACUCAUCAUUAUAUUUAUAUUAUGUAAAUAUAUUUAUAAAUUUGUAUGUUAAUUAGUUUGAGACUAGUUUUAAGUCAGUUAAUGUUCGCUUAACACGACGGACGAGUCGAUUGCUUUAGAAACUUGUAUUUCACUCAAAACAAAGCGUGUGGAUUCAACAAAAUUGAUCAAAGUGCCUUCUUACAAGCAGUCCUGCGCUUCAAAAUGCCCCAAACCAACUCCCACAAUGCCGCCGAGAGCAUUGAGCAAAAGUUGCUCGGAAUUCUCGCUGCUCAAGAUCUGGGCGAUAUAACGCAGGAGCUAUGCGAUUUCUCACUCGAAGAACAGAAUGCCACAGCCGAGGCGCAGGGCAUACAACCAAGCGCCUCCGCAGAUUACAUACCUGUGCUAGGAAAAUCGGUGACAUACAUAGUCGCUAGCGUAUUGUUCAACGAGAGGGAUGAGGUGCUUAUGAUGCAAGAAGCUAAGCAAUCAUGCGCCGGCAAAUGGUAUCUACCAGCUGGGCGGAUGGAAAAGGGCGAGACCAUUUGCGAGGCUGCUGUGCGUGAGGUUUAUGAGGAAACUGGUCUAAAUGUGGAUAUCACAACUCUACUGGCCAUCGAAGUGGCGGGCGGCUCAUGGUUCCGUUUUGUGCUCACCGGUCGCGUCACAGGCGGUCAGUUGAAGACACCCGCUCAGGCGGAUAACGAGUCAUUGCAGGCGAAAUGGAUCGGCCGACUAUCAGAGUUGCCGUUACGCGCUAAUGACAUUAUAAAUUUAAUCGACAUUGGCCGCUCGUACAACGAACGCAACUCGUCACCGCAAGCGCCACCCUAUCACCCAGAUGUUUUGCCAACAAAGUACUCACAUCACAAAAAUUAUUUGCGUGUCGUCGCGGUGAUACGCAAACGUGCCACCAAUUCGUUGAAUGUGCUUGUUAGUGAAAAGAAUGUGCACCAUUUCCCCACGGUCGAGGUGCAUCCACAGCGCAGUCUUCACUCGACGCUACGCAAAUUUAUGAUCGAGCUAUUCGGCGCGGAGUUGCCACAACAUCGGCCACACGGCAUACUCAGUGUCGAACAUUGUCCCUCGCCAAUGCCAUACACGAGCGAUGGUAUUUGCCUGAAUGUGUUGGUAGUAUUUCGACCGCCUCUAGAGGAAGUGGCGCUUAUUGGCAAAUGUACGUGGCAUGAGUUGAGUCGUCCGCUCGAGGAGAAAUUGGGGCGCAUACUGUCGAGCAAACAUUCCACAAUCCCCUUGAAUGUCAUACGGUAA